UCCUCCUCCCUCCAUUACCACUGCUACCUGUUAAUCGGAAGCAAAAAAUGUCGUCUGGUUCUCGCAACCGUCCAGACGUUGUUCCGGAUUACCAAGUAAAUCAAUGGUAACAUCGUAUUUUCACCACCAUUCUCGGUGAAAAUUCACUGAGACUUGUCCAGAACACCUUGCCCCACACAGCUAGCUACCUCAUUUCUCCGUCCAUCCACCCAUUGUUAUGUAUUUUGGAUGGUUAAGUGUCGUCUGGUGGUUUCAAUGAAGCCAUGUACUCGCUCUUUCAGCUGGUCCGGUUACUCACCGUCGAACAAGAUACAGAUUCUCCGACAGACUUCCAGCCAAAUAUUGCCCAGUUUGCGUGGCGCCAGGCCAGGGAUACCAGCCUCUUAGCACUCGUCUGUUCAAAUGGUCAUCUGUUGAUUUACUGGAGUGUACCUGGUCAACGGCCCAAGUCAAGGUUACUACCAUGGCUGGAACAACGUCCAAUAGUCAGCCUCUGUUUCGACCCGUCCGCUACCUGGUUGUUGGUCAUCACUACACAGAUCGACAUGUUUAUCAUCCCGGCAUUAUCCUUAAUGGACCCCCAGAGCAAAGUAGAUGCAACGUGGAAGAGAGAUGAUGCCACACAUAUAAGAUUUAAGAAACCCAAAGGUUUUCCAUCGGCACUCUGCUGGUGGCACACACUGACAGGUUACGACGUUGCCAUUGUCGGAACAUCGUUGGGUGAGCUUGUAUUUGUCAACCUCCACACAAAGCGAGUUUUGGCAAACACCAGCAUCCAGUCAUACAUUGUCAAACUUGAUUUGAUAUUUGAUGAUGAGCAAGUCAGUCGACAUCUUCUGGUCACAUCGAAAAAAGGGUCACAGUGGCAGCUACUUUUGGAGAAGUUAAACAGGUCAGAAUGGUACCAGGAAAUUGAGUUGGUGUCCAAGAGUUCCCUCUUGACUGCAGAUGAUACCUACAGUAACGUGGUCAGCAUCAUUGACCGAGCAGCCGGCUAUCAGGACCUUUUCUGGCCAGUCUACUUCCCCCAAUUCGGUCGUUCCAUCCAGCUGUCUCCCCAGUACGCCAAGGGACGACAGCUCGUUGCUGCACACUGCUGUCGCACCUGUUCCUAUCAGAUUUAUGAUUGCUCCAUACAGAGGUCACCACUGUACAUCUACAAACUGCCACUCGGGGCCCACAACACAGUCUUCACUGACAGAUUGAUAUUUCUAAACACAUGGCAGGAUGGCAAAAAACUCUUCCUAUUGGCCAAUCAGAAAGCCGAGACAUUCCCAGGUUCUGAGCAGAGCCUCAGUCCAGAGUCUGUGCUGCAGACAUUCGAUCUUCCAUGUGAGGAGAAAGUCCUUGGCAUUGUCAAACAAUCUUACCCGUUCUACUGGCACGACAAGCAAGAAUCAUCCAUGAACCUCUCUCCUGCUGAGCUGAUGUCGGAUCUUAGCCCUUACUCUGUGCCCAUCUCUCAUCAUUCUGUCCUCGAUGGGUGCUUAGUCAUCACAGAAUGUGCUGUCUAUGAGUGUUGUCCAAGGAUCUCCCCAGAACGUUACUUUUUCCAACUGGCUCUCCACCCCACGGACUGUGUACAUGUUGACCACUUUGCGGUCAGUCUUGGACUUGACUACAACCAACUAUUCCAGCUUGCUACGGACCACCUGCUAACUAAGGGUCAUUUUACACAUGCACUGCGGCUGUUCAAGAUGGCUAAGUCUUCCUACGUGAAGCGUGUUGCGUCCCUUGCAUCAUACGGAUGCAUCCAAGAGAUGAUGACCUAUGUACAGUACAUCCUGAAGAAAGGAGGUGAAGAAGUGACCACCCAGGAGGCGAAAAGACUCUCCGACAUUGCUCUCUAUGGUUUCAUCUACCUCAUCAAGAGUGGUCGCGCCAAAAACCCAAAUCUGAUAUCAGCUUUCAGGGAAUUCUUACUCAGCAACUUUUUCUACAAUGAAACUAAUGCCCUGAAAGUUUUGGCAGAAUGGCGCUGGCCGACAUUACUGCUGGAGGUUGGCAAGGCACGUGGUCUCAUUGUGGAGAGUCUUGAACUGCUGUUACAACAUAGUUUAUACAAUGUGGAAUUUUCAUUAUGGAAGGAUCUGGUACAGAAAGGUUUUGGAGCUUACCUCUGUCAUGUUGGUCAUGGCGUCUUCCUUCUCUGUUUGUCUCCCGAAGAACUGGUUGACCUGCUGUGUGUGAGGCCCCAGCUGGCCGUGCUACAGGUCGACAUGUUGCAGCAGCACGUCCGCAAACUGGACACUGAUCGGCUGAUGAAGUUAGCCGAGGUGUUUGACCCCUCCAAACACAUAGUCCGAGGGCACUUGCGAUGUCAACGAGUGCGCAGUGAAAGAACUUUCAGUCAAACAUCUCGAAGUUCCUUGGUGUCACAGAACUUUGGAGAAAUGCCAAACCCUGAGAUGUCUCUAGCAUCAACGCAGAAGAUGGUAGACUUUUUCUUUGAGCUCCUCCUACUGCUAAACAAGAGACGGGACAGUGAGAUGUCCUCUGCCAAUCUGUGUCGGGAAUUGCAGCCACGGCCUUUCAUUUCUGAACACUUAACGUUUGCAGAAGAGAUGGCCACAAAAUCUGAAUCUUUCCUGUCACUUCAGCCGUCUUUUAUUGGAUGUGGGAAUGGUUAUGUAGCCAUGGUGCGCAACGGUGACCUCUACACCUGGGGAAAGUCCAACUCUGGUUGCCUUGGCCAUGGAGACCUGACGUCUGAGGAUACUGUGAUGCCUGUCAGCCGUGUGGAGACCCUUCACAUGUUGAAGAUAUGUGUGACUAGUGUCACCUGUGGCGGUGAACACAUCUUAGCCCUCAGCUCUCAAGGGGUAUACAGCUGGGGAUCUUCCAAAUAUGGCCAGGUUGGUGUUGGUACCUAUCAUCACUACUACACUCGACCAAUGCUUGUGGAGAGUCUGUCCUCAGAGUGUUGUGUCAGUUUGGUCUGUGGACAAUACCAUUCAGUUGCGUUGACCAACGAUGGCAAGGUGUUCACAUGGGGUUGGGGUGUUCACGGACAGCUUGGUCACGGUGAUGCUGAAAACCAGUCCAUCCCCAAGCUGGUCAGCUGUCUACCUACGGCCAAAGAGAUCCGGACAAUACAAUUGGCUGCAGGUUAUGCACACACAAUGGUGCUUAGUCAACAGGGAGAUGUCUAUAGUUUCGGAUGUGGCUACUUUGGACAGCUCGGACUUGGCCAGAGGCAAAAGAAAUCAGUACCAAGUCAUAUAACCUUGCCAGAAAAGAUCUCAUACAUUGCUGCUAACUUCUUCAGCUCGGUUGCUGUCACCCAAGAUAGCAGUGUCUACUGCUGGGGUAUCCACCCGAACAUCAUCCGCUAUGCUGCACAGAUGAGCCGUCGUGCACCUGGACAGGAAGCUGCCGAUGGUUUUGGCGAUGACUAUCUCUCUCCAUUGCUGGUCGAUACGUCUAACGUUCUUGGCAAAAUAGUUCAGGUCAGCUGUGGUAGCUACCACUUUGUCCUGCUUACUUCAGACGGUGUGGUAUAUACAUGGGGUCGAAAUACUGAUGGACAGUUGGGCUUUGUAUCCUACCAAAACAUUUCAUUUCCGACCCAAGUGACGGCUAUCAGUGAUGUCCACAUCUCACAUGUCUACAGUGGCUCGGACUUCAAUGUGGCGCUGAACAGUGAUGGAGAGGUUUGGGGAUGGGGACGGAAUGACACUGGACAGCUCCUGCAUCUCAUAAAGGAGAAAGGUGUCCGUGUAAGACCAAAGGCCAUUCUAAACCGAGACGAUGUCCAGCAGGGCAAUGCCACCCAUGUGCGUGUCCCUAUACUCCUCCCUGGGGUGCCGUCAGCAAAAGGUGGCACCCUAUAUGUAUCACAUGACCACAGUAGUAACGGAGCGCUCUUUGAUUCUGAAGACUUUUACCAAAUGUCCCAAAUUAAGAUCCCAGACCUGUCCUCUGUUGGACUACUCAGGUAUGGGAGACAGGUGGUGCCGGUAUUACUGCGGUACAUUCCAGAUUGGUGUCCACCACUGAAGUUGCUACAGAAAUGUCUCCAUCAGGCUGACUGGAAGAUGGCCAUCACUAUCACUUUACACAUGAAGCAGUUCUCUCAGGCUCUGGGCUUCCAUUUGAUGCUGAUCAGUGAAACUGUUGUUAACCUUGAGCAAGACCUUCUACUCCCCCUGUCCAUCCAAGUUCUUGACUUCUAUAUCAGCCGUCUCCUCAACCAAGAAAUGUCAUCUGUCCACAGAGAUGGUUGUCUCCAGUUUGCCUUACUACAGAUACUGACCUUCUGGAGGAGACACUCUUUGCCAUCCGAUGCCUUAGAAAGGUUCUUUGACCAAUAUUUUGAUGAUUUUGCUCCCAAUCUUGGUCUUCUGCUGCUAAGGGAAGAUGGCGUGAGUGCUGACCAAUCAACAACAAUAGCAGCUGUCAGCAGUGCCGCCAUGGGCCCAACUCCUUCGGCCUUCCGUCAGCUCUUCACCCCUGCUUACCUUCUCAAGAUCGUAGCUAACAUCAUAGAGCAAAUCAACACAGACAUACAGCAACAACAACAACCACCACUGCAGCAGGGUGUCUGGAAGAGCUCUCAGUCAGUGCGGCACAAAAUGGUAUCCGUCGUCAAGCAGAUGGUUCAGUGCUUUAGCAAUUACAACCAAACUUCGACGCCCCUGGGCAUUGCGGGCACUGACAAGUCGGUGCCGUACGCCCGGCUAUGGGCCGACAUCGUGCGAAAUGUCUGCAAGAUGUCCGACACACACAGCUAUGUGACCCUGUCUCAGCCACACAUCCAACACCUGUUGGCCCUCUCUGGGCCCCUUUCAAUAUCUGGAGGGAACAGCAGCAGCAACAGCAGCUGUAAUGAUGACAACAGCAGUAGCAACAACAGCAGCAGCAACGUGGCUGCGAUGAUGAAGGCGCGGCGCCUUUCGCACAAUUACAGCCCCACCACGGAGAGCAGCAGCAGCAACAGCAGCGUCUACAGCAGCAAGAGUGGCGGUGGGGGUGGCGGAGCAGUUGCCGCGACGACGAAGCAGGCGGUGGCGGAGUCGCUGAAAGUCGUUGCGUUCACAUGUGGCCAUCACUUCUUGGAGCCGUCUUUCAAGAACGACGUGCUGGUCAACUUGGGCCACGCUGUGGCCAAGGAUAAACGUCUUCCGCGCACGGCUGCACUCCUCGCUGACUGCUACAGCAAACUCGCAACGGUACCUUUGGCGUGUCCGCAGUGCGUGCAACAGACUGUGUGAUUGGCUGGUUGGCUUGUCGUUGGUGUGUGUGUGUGUCUGUGUGUGUGAAAGGGAUUGCAGUAAAGUCGGUAUCUCUGGAGCAACUUGCAGCAAUCCAAUAAGGGGACUGUUUGCCCCGUUAGAAAUUGCAGCCAAAUCUCCUUUAUCUCACACCCUGCUGUGUUUAUGAUUAAAUGAAAAAAAAAAAGGACAUUGAAUAGUGUUAUCCGGACAGUGAGGUCAUGGCUGGAAUAUUUUUGAC